AUGGAGGCCCAAAGACCUUUGCCGGAGCCGCCAAAGAUGUUCUCGGACAUCCCAGACCUCCGCUUUAACCAAAGCGUCCCCGCCGACGACAUCUGGCUUGCAUCUGAGAAGCAAGCCACCUCUCCCGACACGGUAGACGUCCACACGGACCAAGCCACGCCUUCCGACGAGGAAAAACAGCCUCGAGACAUCACCUGGCGCGACCUCGGAAGAACCUUCGUCGGGCCGCAAGUCCUCCUCCUAAACCUGGAAUUCUUUCGCCUCGUUUUCCCCGAAGACUUCCUCACCCACACGCAUUUCCCCCAACCAUGGGUGUUCAACCACUUCCUCGUCAUCAAUGCCCUGCUCUGGCUGUGCUUGGCCAUCUUCAUGUCGAUCUUCAAGGCCACCAGGCCGGACACGUCCGUCAUCUACUGGGUGACUCUGCUGCUUCUGUGGCAUCACUUUGUCACGGGCGUCGUGCAAUUGUCCGUGCUGCCGGGCUGGUUGAGUGAAGUGGCUGGAUGGAUCCUCUUCGUCACGGGCGGGCAGCUGCUGAUGGUGGCCGUGGACGUGUGGAGGGGUGAGUACGCGUGGCCGCAGGCUUCGCAUGAACUGCGCAGGCGGAAGCUCGAGUUUGCCCACGUUCGUGAUCCCGAGAAGGGUGGCUACGAGUUUGAAGAGAAAGGGGGGGAGUGGAUUACGAUGGAGGAGGUCACAGACGAGUUUAUCGCCGAAGUUUUCAAGCGACCGAGCAGUGGCUUCCGCGCAGUUUGUUACUUCUUUGGUACCGUGGUUCCUGUCAUGGCUGGCGCGAUAUGGUACCUCAUCCUCUAUAUUCUCUGUUUCGUUUCUGGAGUAUGCGGGGACCCCUGGUGGAUGAGCCCGACGGUUUGUGCUCUUUGCUUGGGGUCAGUGGUACUCAUUUGGUUGGAUAUGGCGAGACAGACCUAUUACGGGUUGCGUGAACUGCCUUGCGACUCUUCAGAAUGCUCUCUUGGAGGUUGUCAAGAAUGGAUUCUGUUAGGUGGCGCAAACUCCUUAGAUAUGAGGCGCAGAAAGGUUGUAUACAAGGGGAAAGAGCGCGUGGAAUAUCGCUAA